AUGUCCAACCAGAACCUCCUGACAACCCCGGCGCCGGGCUACAUCGAGAAGAAGCCUGUGAAAUUCAGCAAUCUCCUGCUGGGUGCUGGUUUGAACAUGUUUGAAGUCACAACGCUCGGUCAACCUCUAGAGGUCGUCAAGACCACUAUGGCUGCGAACCGAAGCGACGGCUUCGUCAGCGCCAUGUCGCGGGUAUGGGGUCGAGGUGGUAUUCUCGGAUACUAUCAGGGCCUCAUCCCCUGGGCCUGGAUCGAAGCCUCAACAAAAGGCGCCGUCCUCCUCUUCGUCGCAUCCGAAGCUGAAUACCGUGCGAAAACCUUUGGCGCAGGAAACUUCACAGCCGGCAUCACAGGCGGUAUGGUCGGUGGUCUCGCCCAAGCCUACGCUACAAUGGGUUUCUGCACAUGCAUGAAGACGGUGGAAAUCACACAGCACAAACUCGCUGCUCAGGGCGUCAAGCCACCGAGUACAUGGGCGACAUUCGCGAAUAUCUACCAAAAGGAGGGUAUCAGAGGUAUCAACAAGGGUGUCAAUGCCGUCGCUAUUCGACAAGUCACGAACUGGGGUUCACGAUUUGGUCUCUCUCGACUUGCUGAGACUGGUAUUCGCAGGAUGACCAACAAGGAGCAUGGAGAGAGGUUAUCUGGCUUGGAGAAGAUCACUGCUUCAGCUCUGGGUGGUGGUUUGUCUGCGUGGAAUCAGCCGAUCGAGGUCAUUCGUGUGGAAAUGCAGAGUAAGAAGGAUGAUCCGAAUAGGCCGAAGAACUUGACGGUCGGCAAGACGCUGAGGUAUAUCUAUGGUCAGAGUGGUCUUAGGGGUCUCUACCGAGGUGUUGCGCCUCGAAUUGGUCUUGGUGUUUGGCAGACCGUGUGCAUGGUUGCGCUCGGCGAUAUUGCUAAGGAGUGGGUCGAAAAGGUGACUGGAGAAGCUGUUACUGCUAAGCACUAA